AGAUUACGCUAUGCCUCAAAUCCAUAUAUAAAACUCAAGGGGAAAGCCGAUCUUCUUGAGAUUCAUGAAUUUCAAGACAGAGGAUAUAGUCUUUGCAUCCCUCUAACGUAAGAUUUCAAGCUUUUGAUGAAAACCAAGAAUUUAAAAUCCACAAAAUCCAAGAACAAUCAAAUAAAAUUCUUCAAAGCCCACUUUUUUCUUUUUUCAGGUGGCCCUUUAAAAGUUUGUCGUUCACAAGAGCUUCCCGUGAAAUGCAUGUCUGCGCAAAAUUAAUCUUUUCUAGAUUACUGUAAGGAGAAAAGCUUCAAAUAUGAGAACCUCACCGACUACUAUACCCUUCAGGCUCUUUACGGGCAGGAAUCUGCGCAGCAAAAAGUUCGAGAAAUUUUAGAAAAUUUCCACGAGAACGGCAGCCUGGCGUCGUCGAUACAGGGAAGACAACCCUCCAACAUGCUUCUUUGUUUAACAAAGUUUGUCAUUUUCGCACAGUUACAAAACGAAGAAAACUGAACAAGGUGACCGCAUCAUGCACACAUUCACAUGUGAAAUUAGUUCCACCGCCUGAAAGGGCAGAUGGCGUAAUAGGAAAGAAAACUGAAAACUCUCUCUGCGUUUCACUUUUCGAGCUUUUGCUGUUCAAAUCUUUACUUUCACACGUCAAGGAGCAAACGAGGGACGAACUUUCCCAGCACAUCUCCACCGCCGUGGACUGGUGCACCACCAACAAAUAGGUGCGCCCCCACGAUCUCCUUUCUCCCCACCAUCGCAUUUUCCUCGAGACAUCGAGAAAAUGGCAGCCAACGGCGUCAAGGAUUUCUUUCCUUUUCUCACCCAAACGGCCGCCUCGAACUCCGCGAUCUCUCAUUUCCUCAACUUCAUUCUCCCGGACUCCCCAUACAUUCCGACCCUCCAUCUUAAGGGUUUGAAUUCGGAAUCCAUCGUCAUUAACUACCCGCUGGUGGCAGUCGCCGCCGUCGCCGGAUUUAUCGUCUGUCUCGAUGGCGGAAGGAGGCUUCUCCGGCUAACCGGAACCACGCACCAAUUUAAGGGUUCGUUCUCGUGGGGCAUGGCCAUGUUGUCAUACGCCCUCAUGUGUUUCGGUGGGUUCUGGUACCACUCCAUCAACCACGGGCAGUUCUUUUACAAGGUCGACGUCACGGGAACCGCCUGCUCCUCUCUUUCCAUCGUCGCGGGGUCUUUGGGGCUCGACGACAGGAUUCCGGCCAACCGCCGGAUUAUCGGGGCGAUGUAUCUAAUGGCGACGGUGGGUGCUUUCUUUGGGUCUCAGUUGACGAGGGAGUUGCUGUACCUGCUGCCAACGGCCGCCGCUUUCCUGGCCGGUUUCGGCUUCUGCGUCAAGACGGUAGCGGUGGAGUUCGGGGGAGAGAGCAGGAGCGAGGAAGGGAAGGAGAAGACGAGGAAGGCGGAGAUCGGGUGGUAUGUGGCGGUCGCCGUGUUCGGUGCGGGUUCGGGAUUUAUGGGACUCGUUUUUAGCCGUUGGAUCAUGGAGAUGAUUGGUCCUAAUUUCUACCCGGUCUUCUGGUUCUUUUUCGGGUGUGAGGUAGCUCUCUGGGGCUUGUUCCGUUUGGUUGUCUCGACGAACGAUGUGGGGUUUUUGGUUCUCAAGUGACUUUCUUAAAUUGUGUUAGAUUUUGUACUGAUUUUUUCGUAUAUCAGGACACAUUAGCUUGGUCAAAGUUUGCAAACAGUUCUUUUUUUGUAUCUCGGAGGGUUUCUAUGAUACCAACCUUGUUUUUUGAGAUCAUAUGGUCUUA